AUAUCAUGAUAAGCGCGUUAUGGUCUGAAUAAGAAGAAACGACCAUCUUUCUUCUAUUUCCUACAUGAGACUAGACCACAACUCUUACAGUGCGCAGUGAUCACCCGUUUUAAGUGACGAUGAUCUCAGCAGAGUCACUUUUAUUACAGCUGCCCCAGGAUGUACUUACAUUGGCCCGGGGUGUGUUGGACCGUUCAGUUACAGACUUUCAGCAGCUCUGCGAUCGAAUUGCAGAUUGCUCUGUAACUGAUUUAUGGGUACUGCAGCCAGUAUUUUACAUGCACCUCGACACAGAUCACGUUCCUUCACAGUCAACUCCAGCCGUUACCACCGAUAUUGAGCUCGCCCGGUGGUCCCUUGUCGGGAUCGUCACAACUUUGAGCAACAUCGAUGUUCAUGCGGAGAAACGAUGUCUCCUUUCCGCCUGGAACUGUAUUGCUCCCUGGCUCCUCUUCUUUCAUAACCAGUUCAUUAUGUGCGGGGCCAACUAUAGACCUGUUGACAGGACGCCUGCCAUCAAGCUUGUUGCCAGCAUGCUCUUUCACGGCUUGAUUGCUGGCCGCGACUCUGACGGGAACUCAAAACUCGCUACUACACCCAUCCUUUUCCGCCCGAUCGCAGAGUUGUGGAUGUUAGCGAUUGAAACAAAAGAUGAAGAUGUGUUGAACAUUCAAAUGCCAUUGCAUGACCUCGGUCGCAUCACUUCUCUUCGACUUGUCACCAUCUUCUUGGUUGGCGAAUGCAUGCGCAGCGAAUCCUUUGUGAACACACUAGUGGAAGUGGCAGGUGGCAUUGGCCCCUUCACUUCUGCAGCUCUGAAGUAUGUCAAGGCCAUAGCAUCAGUGACCAACUUGAAGGACCCUGAUGUAACCUCCGAGGCCGUCCGGAUCGAGUUGAUUCAAGUCGUAACAAUGUUUUCGACCUGUGUUGGAUUUAUCACAGGUACAAGCAUGCAAAGUGCUGCGAUACGGGAAGGAUUCAUCGUCCGACACUCCAUCAGACAUAUUUUCUCAACUCUCCGUAUUCUCCAGCCUCUUAUCCCUGGCAGAGGGAGCACCGAGAAAGCCCUCGCCUCGAGUUUCCAGUACCUCUUCUUUCUCCUUGAACGUGCCGACGUCCCUGUCUCAGUGUUCCACGAAGCUCUCCGCGCACAUGCCCUUGAAAUAGCGGUUCGUAUGGCUCCCUUCGAACCCGCGAAGAUGGAAGCGAAUCUUCAUAAUAUCAGCGCAGAUUUUUUCGAGAUAUUAUACCAUUAUCUUGUUCACGACAAAAUCUUGACCUACACCUGCAAACAUGUGAACACCUGGUCUAAUACUCUCGGACCGAUCGCGAGACAAGACGAAAACCUCUGGAAGGAUUGGUCCGCAAUGGAGCGGACGAUACGAUCAUAUGUCAGUCUCAGGUCCAAGGAGGAAAUGAUAAGGCGGCCAUUGUCCAAUGAAAAGGGCUGGUUUCUAAAAUGUUAUUGUAGUGGCAUUACAAAAGACAUUCAGCUGAGGCAAUGCGCGGGAUGUCAAGUUGUGCGGUACUGCUCAAAGCAAUGCCAGCGUGAUUCCUGGUAUAGUCACCAUAGGUUGAGCUGCAAAUUUCUCAAGGCAGCUGUCGGCUCGUCGACACCGCACUACGUUAAGCGUAGUCUCCGUCUUCUAGCUGCCCUAGAAGACAGACAGAUGUCAUGCCAAGGGGACGACGACAUUCCGAAGUUAGUCGCCGCUGCGCAACAACAAUAUCCGACAGACCAGGAACGGCUGGUGGUCGAGCUCGGUGUAGAUAAGCUUGAUGUAUCAGUUCGGCCUCUUCGACACUACCUCUUCCUGUUCAAUGGGCUCUCUGAAAACGACAUCGUGGAAAGCUUAUCGUCCUGGAACUUGAAAGAACCAAGGGGCCAUCGAUCAUUCUUGUGUUCGGUAAUCGCAAUAAACGAUCAAUAUUAUUCACGACAGAUUUUGUUCAGCCCGCGUACUGCAUUAAACAUGGAGAUGAAGUUGGGCCGUAAGCGUUAGUAAUUAUUGCGUCAGGUGGAUCUGGGCUGAAGGGACCGGUCGAUCCCCGAUAGGGACGAUGCAGUCGUAGCACAUACUGAUCAUCCAAAAUAAUUGUUAGUGGUACAUCCAUUGUUCUCUCAUAGUGCACAUACUUAUUUGAAAACUGACCACACAACAUUUGCAAUUGGAGCUACUUACCUGCAUGGUUGCAAUUGGGAAGCUUUGUUGUCAAUUGGUAUCAUAGGAUGUAAAAAUGUAUUAACUUGACUUCGCGUUAACCUCGAGUAGGGCGUCCGUAUUUUUUCUGAAUGUCAGAGAACGAUCGAAC